UCCCUCGCCAUUAUUUCAAAUUCUUAAUUGGUCCCAUCUAUUUUUUAAAACAUUUUCAGCUUUCAGCUUUCCUUCCACAGCUAACCCUUUGGUGGAAGGAAAGGGGUCCAUUUCUCUCUUGCAGCCUCACAGCUAUGCAUUUUGCUUCCAUUUCUGGUGGGGAAAGGUGGAUAUAGCUGAAUAGGAGGAGCAUGGCAGGAAAAUUUGGAAAGUGUAUGCUGCUGUGUUGUUCAAGAAAAGUCUCUAAGGAAGAAGACAUGGCAAACGAUUCAUACGAGGAAGCCAUUGCAGGACUGUCAAAGCUUCUGAGUGAAAAAGCCGACCUCGGGAGCGUCGCCGCUGCGAAAAUCAAGCAGAUAACGGCGGAACUAGAGGCGGCCGGUUCAGCUGAAUUUAACGCGGAGCAGCGGAUGAAAGCCGGCUUCGUCCACUUUAAGACAGAGAAAUAUGAGAAAGAUCCUACCUUGUACGGUGAACUUGCCAAAGGCCAAAGCCCAAAGUUUCUGGUUUUUGCUUGCUCAGAUUCUCGCGUUUGUCCUUCUCACAUCCUCAAUUUCCAACCAGGAGAGGCCUUUAUGGUCCGAAACAUUGCCAGCAUGGUCCCACCAUAUGACCAGACAAAAUACUCAGGAAUGGGGGCAGCCAUUGAAUAUGCAGUACUGCAUCUAAAGGUGGAGAAUAUUGUAGUCAUUGGCCAUAGUUGCUGUGGUGGUAUUAAGGGGCUAAUGUCUAUCCCAGAUGAUGGGAGCACUUCUAGUGACUUCAUAGAAAAUUGGGUCAGCAUCUGUUCGGCCGCAAAGUCUAAGGUGAAGACACGGUGUAGCAGCUUAAGUUUUGAAGAGCAGUGCCACAACUGUGAGAAGGAGGCUGUGAAUGUAUCACUGGGAAACCUGUUGACAUAUCCAUUUGUUAAAGAGGGAGUGUUGAAGAAAACUCUGGCAUUGAAAGGAGCACAUUACGAUUUUGUCAAUGGAAAUUUUGAGCUUUGGAAUCUUGAUUUCAAGAUUACUCCUCCUGUUGUUGUAUGAACUAGUUAAGCUUCUUCAUUCUUCCCAUUUCAAAAAGAUCAUCUCUCUUGUUGCAUUGGAAACUGUAAAUUUUCCAAAUCAAUAAUGUUUGUUGAAGCUGAAAGAAACAAGAGUCUGCAUUAUUGUAUUUAAUUUGCCUUCCAAUUUAGUUUUUGCAGUUUAUUUAAUA